UUUGAAGUAGGGAACAAAUUGUAGUUUUGGACACCAGAUGGCGCAAAAGUCGAAGAGAAUUCACUGAUCGCAUCGUGAGGUCAGUUUAAUACUGUAUAUUUUAAUGUGUUGUUCAUAUAUUUGGACACAUUGAGGCGUUAUAAAAUUUAAAGACUUCCAAUUAUAGUGAUGUUCUAAAGAUUAGACACAUCUGACAAACCCUCAAGUUUAUGUGUAAGCGCAUGGAGAUUCUGCUGAACUGCAGUAAACAUGUGAAGACGACAAGAAUAUGACGUAAAGGUGAAGAAGUAACUCCUAUAAAUAAUUUUUAAUCGAAUAUCUCAUUAAAUUAGCAUUGUUUGCCAGAACAAGUCAUUACAUUUGUAUUUAAAUGAAUUUGGCAUGAUUUUAAACAACUUCCAGUGCAUUACAAGGUCAAUUUUACUUUUAUUAUAUAUCAUUCAUACAGUGUGAGCCGACAAUAUCACUGUUUGAUUGUAUUUUUAUAAAUGACCUCCGAUGCAUCAUAUACCUUAUUAAAGCUGUUUUUCUGUGGAGUUAAACAUAAUACAAAGACGGCAAAAGCACCACAUGUUAGAAACACAAUCACCUUUCACACCUCUGACAUGCACACAUGGUCAUUUACCACAAACAGGCACCAAUAGAUCAGCACAAAGACACGUCUCAUGUUCACCAGCAGAACAAAACCACAAUUCUUUCCACAUCGUAACCCAGAAAUGAAACCUAGUGUCAUGUGGGUUUAGAGAAAUAUUGUGUUUUUAUAAUUUGAAAGCUUUCAUGCACAGUAAAUGUUGUUGAACUGCACUUGUGAAUGCGAUGGAGGUGUUAAAACGGGCAAGAGAGCAAGUUUUUUCUCUGUUGUUUUGACCUUUAGUGUUUCCAGGUCUUCCUCACAUUGCAAAGUACUACUUGAGAAGUCCUAAGCGAGGAUACACAGGUGUAUCCUUCACAUCCUCAGGAGGAGGAGAUAAGACACAAAGAAACAAGAUGAGGAUGUACAAACAAGAAAUAAGAACCCUUUAGUAAGUUUGUGUAUUUAUUCCCCAUCAUCACAGGUGUAUCCUUCACAUCCUCAGGAGGAGGAGAUAAGACACAAAGAAACAAGAUGAGGACGUACAAACAAGAAAUAAGAACCCUUUAGGCACGUGUCGUAUGGAUGGAGGUGGGCUCAUUCUGUGGCUAAAUCUAACGGAAGUCAAACAGCUUAACACAACCAGCACACAACUUUACUGUAGACAUUGAGCUUAGCUCCGUAAAAUAAAGUGACACUUUUUCAGAGCCCUGAACCGUUAAAGAUGUUUUUCAUGUUCGUUUUUCUGUCACUUUGCUUCUGCUGUCGGGGUGGUGUGUUUACAGAUGAAGUGAAGUCAGUGUCAGUGAUGGAGGGAGAUUCUGUUACUCUACACACUGAUCCUACUGACAAACAGACAGAUGAUCUGAUAGUGUGGAAAUAUGGCUCUCAAGAGUCACUCAUAGCUAAACUCGAUAGAGAUGCCAAUAGAGUCUCAAUAUAUGAUACUGUUCAUGAUGGGAUGUUCGGAGACAGACUGCAGGUGGACGAUCAGACUGGAUCUCUCACCAUCAAAAACGCCAAAACUGAAGACUCUGGACUUUAUAACAUCACCGUCAUCAGCAAACAAAAGACCUCAUACACAUUCAGUGUUACUGUCUAUGCUCGUCUGUCCAUUCCUGUCCUCACUAGUUACUGUGCACAAAACUCAUCUUCAGUGUCAAAAUGUGUGUUGUCAUGUUCAGUGAUGGAUGUGACACAUGUGAGUCUCUCCUGGUACAAAGGAAAGAGUUUAUUGUCCAGCAUCAGUGUGUCUGAAGGCAGUAACAUCAGAAGCAUCUCUCUUCAUCUCUAUGUGGAGUGUCCUGAGGAUUCUUACAGCUGUGUGUUGAACAAUCUUAUCACAAACCAGACUCAAAUCUCAAGAACAAAUCUCAACAUCACUGACAUCUGUCAUCCGUGUUCAGAUUGUAGAAGCUGUAAUGGUCCAGAAUGUGUGAUCCAGCUGGUCAUGUCUGCUGUGGUGGGUUUGGCUACUGUUGCUGUUCUGGUGUAUGAAGUCAGAUCUAACAGAAUUCAGACUUCAUUAUCAGAUCAUCACUGAUGAUAUUGUGCAUUAAUCUCACAUCCAUCUUGUAGAGCAUUCCCCUUUAUUAAAGAGUAAAGAUUUUGUGAUUUUCAAGGUCCUACUUUGGUUUAUGGAGUGUCCAACAACAAGUGUACGUACAUACACGGUGUAAAAAUACUUUAACUUUCUAGUAAUAGCCAAUUAUUAUUACCUGUGUGGUUUGAAAUCGUUUUUUUAAAGUGACAUGCGCUCUCUAGUGGCGAAGCAUGACAUGCAUGAAAGGGAUUUGGCUUUCCUACAGAGUUGGAGUAUGUGUUCUGCUGUCAGCUAAAUGUCAAUAAAUAUAAUACAAGGUGAAAAUAAAGAAGCAUA